AUGAAUUCGCACACUGGUUCGCGCCCCGGGCGGGUACCGCCGGUGGCGUCAAUAUACAAUGUUGCAGUACCAACCUUGCCCGGUCUCCUGUUCGGUGAGUGCGACGUUGAGAGUGGUUUCCCACUGGCGGACACCAAGUGGGCAACUUUCAACCCAUCGCUCUAUCAAAACAUGGACAAUGACCAAGUGGACUGGGGUGCUCUGGCCCAACAAUGGAUACAAAUGCGGGAAGCGAUGCCAAUCGUCACAUCUGUCCCGGGAAUGUUGCCACCCGGCAGUAUUCUCAAUGAUGGUUGUAGCUAUCCACCGCCGCCUCGUAUAAUCGCGUACGAAGAGCAAGGCGAGGCGCCAAUGGAAGUGGAAAAAGAUGACGACCAGUCCGCCAAUCUGCCGCUGCCUCCAAUGCCUCCACCGCCUAUCAUUUGUGGUCACGAUUGGGAUGGUAAAUGGCAGACCGAGUCGAUCACGCAGCAAUCUAGCACCAGCCCAAAAGGAUGGUCCCCGGAAGGAGGCACUGUUGCCUGGGAAGGUGCGUCCAUCGCAUCGGAUGUCGCAUCAAACGCAACUUCGAACCACGCAUCGCCUGACCGCGUGGUUAGCAAGAAAAAAACAUUCCCCAGCUCCACCACUGCAUCAUCGUCGAGUGCGUCAUCCGUUAGGCAAUCAGCGGGGAUGAAGGAGCGCUGGCAGACCAAGUCCGGUCACAGCUAUCCAUCCGAACAUCAGGGUAAACGUGUGAGAAGCCGGUUUCUCAUGGAUGCGUCCACUGAACGAGGUCCAGGAACGAAAAUGGGCGUGGAACCUAAACCCAGGCUGCCCGGGCUGAUGGAUCACGCAAUCAAAUUCAGCGAAACGACCCGAAGUGACACAUUGGCUGUGAAAAAGGGUUCUGUGAUCGAAUCGGCAGGGACGCUCAAUGAUGCCAAGCGCAAAUUACUACCAGCGUGGAUUCGCGAGGGCCUUGAAAAGAUGGAGAAGGACAAGCAACGCAAAAUGGAGCGAACACAGCUGCUUAGGCGAACCGACGAAAACGACGCGCUCAGCGAACAACGAUGCCUUACGGAUACCGAAAGUCCGGAAGCAGAAUUUCCAUGUUACCCUGAACCGGACAUCAUUCAGCCGUCAGAAAAAUCACCUGCGUGCGUUUCUUCUGCUGCCGUACAGAAGCAACCAAAGUUAACCGAAGCUGGUGAAUCGAAGAAAUGUGUCGAGUCGGAUGUUCGUACCACGCGUGCCCAACAGCUGAAGGAAUCGAUGCGUACUAUACUGACAAAUAUUUUACUCGAGGUGACAAACGAAGAAAUUGUACGCAUAGCCAAAGAAACUCACGUCAAGUUGCAGCGUAAAGUUAUACCAGCGCAAACGCGACGUACCGAAACCGGUCGAGUCACAUGCAUCGGAGGAGUUGGUCUUGUAGUUUAUGGCGAUAGUGACGAGGAGGAGGAAGACUGCAAUGAGCUGGUGAAUGAUCGAAAGACUGAUGAAAAUCCUGAAAAUGAGCGGGACGAUAAAAAUAGUGAUAGCGAUGAGCCGCCGGACGAUACUUUUUCCGAUGCGACCAUUGAGCAAUACCUCCAGAAACGAAUACGCAGGAAGCAACGUGAGUUUCAACCAAUUGCUUCCAAAAUUGAACAAUGUCUGGAAGAGGAAAAUCUUGCGGAAAGUCGCGGCCAGUUGGAAGUGGCCGGCAAGAGGGAAGCAAACCAGCCCAUGGCGUAUAAAAUCGAGUGCACGAAGAACGACAAUGGCGUGGGGAAUGUCGUCAGCGACGAAAGCGCCGAGGUGGAUACAUAUCGGGUGCAGGAGCGUCACGGUACCACCGAUCUAGCGAAUGGCACCAACAAAGACCGCGAAGCUAUCACCAAGGUUACGGGUCGACCAAAAGACGCAGAGCGUAAGCGACACAAUAAGCGGAUAUCGCGUUUUAGCAAUCCGCGGGAUACCGUCCGGCAGACACACGUAACGCACGUUUCGAUUAUGCCCUCGACGAAACCUACGACCAUCAGCUCUACGGAAAUUGAAAACGGUGAUGGUAAUUUUGGCGAAUCGAACCAUCAACUCCAACAUCACCAGCUGCUCCAUCCCGAACGAUUACCAUCGUCCACAGGUAUCCAGCGCAAUCCAGUGUCCAAUGCCAUCGACUUCCUGCCGACAUGCUAUGAUGCCGCACAGUUACCAAAGUGCCAGGAAAACACGAGCAAAUCUUCUGGGCGACCAGCUGCCACGGCUGGGAUACUGUGGUCAAUCGAAUCUACUCUUAAACUGAGCUCCGAUGGUAGCGGUCCGUCCAAUGGAUCUGGGCAAAAUUCUUCGAAAGCUCGGUCUGUUAGUCACGAACGAAAGGAAACGAGUGGUCAUCGUCCUGGGGAAGUACUUGGUGAGAGUGAACAAUUACAUGCUGGGAACACCCAAGCUUCGGGUUCGGUGCUCUCGUUGUCAUCAGCAUCGAUGGUGAGUGACCGUGGGCGGUCACGCCGCCACCGUUCCCGGUCGACCGUUUCGUCUAGAUCGUCUAGUUCGCGAUCGGGUCAUUGUUCUGGAUCAAACCGUUCCGGUAGAUCACGUCAACGGUCUCGUCGUUCCCGCUCUCAUUCCCUACACUCCUCGUCGUCAUCGACGAAGAACCCACCACCACAGAAAUGCACCGCAAAUCCGGCAACAUCGCGACACGGCCAUUCACAUCUUUAUCGCGACGCCGAGGUGAAGAAAACUUCUUCGUCACAAUCUCACGGCUCACAGCGUUACCGUGACGAAAAGCACAACCGCGAUCGGAGCCAUUCGCGGUCACGCCACUUGCGCCGUUCCCGAUCCCCAUCGAAGUAUACUUCCAGUUCUCGCCGCAAACAUUGAAAUCAUUUCUUUCUUCUUACAAGAAUAAUCUUAAUCUGGUUACUACGAGUUACUACUAGUUUUCUUCAUAUUCAUAUUUAAUCAGUUUUGGUGUUUAUUUGUUGGCAUUGCGUCUACCUGCCAUUCCUUUCCAACCAACUGCACUGAACCAGUGUGCUGUACAUGCGUUAAACAAAUAUUGUUUCGAUUCGGUGUAGCUUGCUAGAGAAACAUCGUUAAAAAUUAGAAAAGCAGAAGAAAAGCAAGCAAUGUCGCAACACUAGUUAUUAGAAGUGCGCCUAGUUUUGAAAUGAGAAUCACAUAGCACAAAUCCAUACUUAUUAGUUUUUUAUGUUUGGACGUUUCCGGGGAUCGGGAAGAAGGCCGCGUAUGAAAUAUUGGCGUGAAUGUUAAGAGUUUGAAUUUGGUCCCCUGUGAACAUGAAUGUAUUAUCAUUAGUAAAACAGAAAAGAAGUUUAUUAAUCGAGCCGAUCGAUUGGGAGAAUACGAAGGGAGUGUUAUGAAUUAAAACCUCAACUCAGCUCAACUGCAAGUCAUCCGAAAAACAUUAUACUUGAAGAAGAACUAUUUUGG